AUGGCUGGAGACGAAUCCUCGCCGGCCGAAGCCGCGGCGACCCAAGCACUAGUUAACAGCAUCAUGGCCGUGCUGGGCACCACCCCGAUCACGCUCUCCGAAGACGAUGUGCGCCAAGUGUGGGCCCUUCUGACCGCAACGCAGCGCGAGUGGACGACGGCCGCGACGCGUCGCCAGACCGACAGGCUCCGAGCCGCCAACGAAGAGAUAGACAGCCUGGGAUACAUACUGGUGGGGAAGCGGGCCGACAUGAACCAGCUGCUGUGCAACGUUAACCGGAAGCAGGCGUGGAUCAAUGCGCUGGAAGAGCGGGUGUUGGAAAAAGAGGUCGUGGUUGAAAGCCAGAGGCGCUGUAUCGAGGAGAUUGAAAGCGUCAUUCGGGAUUUGAUGGCGAGAGGGCGAGGAUGA